AUGCUACCCAACGAGCAGUUCCAGAAACUGCUUUAUGACCUGUUUUGCCUAUGGCAUGGCGUUCAACGGCACUAUGAUCCGCCGUUCACCGAUACCGAGGAGCAACGACUUGCUAAGGUAGUGAAAACGAUGAUAUGUAAAUUGCUUACGGAGAUCGAUGGCCGUGUAUUGCGCAUUCAACAGAACCAAUCAGGUGGAAUGAAGGGACAGGAUUUUUACGAAGAAUGGACAAUGUUAACAUGGAACGUACUAUGUAUAACUAGUCGUCUGCAGAGUAAUCUGAGUACUCAAAAUGUCAUCUCCAAUGAUGAUAAGGUUAUCUACCAACGAUUAAAUCAAGCUCUCGUCGAACUUGUAAACUAUUCUAAUGUGAACAUGCCUUUCAUGGGCUAUUAUCAGGACUCCGAUUUCGAAGUACUACGUCAGAAUACAGAAAGGACAUUACAAGAGCUUUACAUGCUCACAAGACGGCUCACCAUGGCGCCUUUUCUCAAUCCAGCCGAAAUCGAAGCCUUCCGUCAUGAGUGCCAAGAGUUCGGAGAGCGAUUUUUAGGGCCAUGCAUUGACCAUAUGAAGGCGUUUUGCAACACUCACAGUGUAGCCCGAUGGCGAGACGUAAGGGCUGCUCAGAUAGUUCGAAUGCGUGAACAGGGCAGCCACCUGGACGAAUCGGUUACAAAUCUUGUAGCCUUUUACUCCAUAAUGAUGUACAUUCUGGCUGUACUGGCUGCUCGACUACAGGGUCUUCGCUAUGAGAUCACUAUUGUCAAGAAGGCCUACGAUUUGGAUGAGCAGGUCAAAAUGCUUUCACAAGUGGUGUUUGGAGCUUUGGAGUUGUUGAUGAGNGAUUGUGUUCUGGCUACGGAACCGUCCACCACCGCUAUUCUAGUCACCAACAAUCUCUUCAGCAUGAACUGCGGUGCGCUGGCCAGAGGAGUCGUUUUCAAGGAUUUUGAAAUCCAAGUUGUCUCAGAAGAGACCGCCGAAUUUAUUCAGUCUGAAAUGAAUCGCGCUCGACUUCUGCAGCAACCGAAUCAAAUCUCUCAACCUCCAUCAGCUGCUCUGUUGGCAAUGAAACCCACUUCGGGCACGAAAAGAAGUAAUGCUGUCAGCAACGGAGAACGAAGCUUCGGUGAUACGGUAACUAACACUGCUCAUAAGAAAAGUGAUGUGAACAGCAAAGAAUACGUCACCAUCUAUCCAGUAUACAAUGCCAAAUACAGGUAUUGGCAGGCGACAUAUCCUCAUCUACUGUGUACAACAAGACAAAAGGGCCGGCAAUCCACGCACAACUCAUUCCAGGAUCUAUCGCCGUCCAAUGCUCAAAGCGACAAGUCCACUGGGAAGAGGCCAAUCUUCUAUUUUCAUAUCAAAGCCACUAUGUUCAGCCCUUCUGGAAGUUUCGCUACCGCUCACAAUCUGUCGCUCCCAUUUACCAUCGCUACUCGCAGAAACCAGGACUGUCAAGUGCAGCGAAUGAUGUCAUCGUAUACAGCCACAAUCUUCUGGCUAUACGGUUGCAACCAUCAAGAAGGACUACUCCUACAGUGGGUUGACACCGUGCAGCGAAUGAUGUCGUCGUAUACAGCCACAAUCUUCUGGCUAUACGGUUGCAACCAUCAGGAAGGAUUACUUCUACAGUGGGUUGACACCGGAAUGCACUGGGAGCAGUUCAAGCAUCUGUACAAGCAGCAUUUCAAGGUGAAUGCCGGAGUCCAAAGAGGUUUGAUUGACGGCGAUUUCGAGUUGCUCAAGUACAAACUACAAUGUCCCGACUGUCAAUGCAACGAAGAUGGUGCCACCGUCAAUGGAGUUCAACAAAUUGUCACGUUCAAAAAUGUGCUUUGUCCUCACCUGCGAUACGAGUGUGGGAGCACGAACGUUCGGUUUUCGGUGUGGCGAGGAAUGCUUGAGCUUCUACAGAUCUUCCAUGAUACUCGUAACAAUGUGCGAAAACUUUGGGAGAUGGGCUUGUUACUUGGAUUUCUCGAAUUCGAUGAAGGCGACAAGCUUCUGGAGCAGCACAAGUCGGCCUUAAUAAUGCGGCUGUCAUUUGUAACUGGAGGGACGAUCUGCUUCACUGUCAAAUCAACGGCCCAUACAUUGGACCAUAGAGCCACUCGUCCGAUCCAUCUCGAGCCACUUGAUUUGAAGAAACUGCAGACGAAGUGUCUGAAGGACUAUUUGAGAGACAUUGCCGAUGCCGAGAAGGUGAAGUACAUUCUAAAUGCUUCCCAUCAAGUAGUUCGGAUUACCGAAGUUUUGGCGCAGUUGGGUGAAGAAGUUGGUAACGGAGCAGACGGAAGCCGCGACAUCUCCAGCAAUGUCACCCACAGCGGAGACAUUGCUGCCAUGCAACACAUAAGGUUCACAGCAAUGCGCAUCGCUGUUGUUACAUGCAAGGUGAAACCGCCAUCAGCUGAUCAGCUCGAAGUGGACGUGGAGAGGUAA